UAAAUAGUGCGGGACCGGAUCAAGUAGUUAAAUGUCACUUGAUAAAUAUUAUUCUCACCUUAGACUCUCUCCACUCCUCACUUCCCCCUCAUUCCAGUUCACAGUUCUCUCUCUCUAUACUAAACUUUCUCCCGUCGUAAUCCCGGCGAUUUUCCCGGCCCUAAUUGCCUGAAUCUGCUCGCUUUUCCUGAAAAAUAAAAUGGAAGACUAUUUGCAGCUUUUCGUGGACGAAACCAGCUUUUACAACCGCAUUGUGCUCGGAAAUCUUUUGCCAGAGAAUCUUUGGAAAGCGCUCCCUCACUUUAUCCAGACAUGGAUUCGGAACUACAUUGGAGGGACCGCCGUUUAUUUCAUUUCUGGAUUUUUAUGGAGUUUCUACAUCUACUACUGGAAACGAAACGUUUAUCUUCCUAAAGGUGAUCAUCUCAAAAAGACUUAUAGCAUGUGGAUACUCAGAACAACUCAAUGGAACCUUGUCCCAAUCAGUGAUUUAAAAGGCACGCCUCAGAUGCACAGGCGAGGUGCAUUUCAAGAUGCCAUCCCUUCAACAAAGGCCAUGUUUUUGCAAAUAGUUGUUGCAAUGAAGGCCAUGCCUUGGUAUUGUCUUCUUCCAACACUUUCAGAGUACAUGGUUGAGAAUGGCUGGACAAGGUGUUUCUCUAGAAUAAGUGAUGUUGGCUGGCCUCUCUACCUUCUGUAUUUGGCGGUUUAUUUAGCCAUUGUCGAAUUUGGGAUUUACUGGGCACAUAGAGAGUUGCAUGACAUAAAACCAUUAUACAAAUAUCUUCAUGCAACACAUCACAUCUACAAUAAGCAGAACACACUCUCUCCAUUUGCAGGUUUGGCAUUUCAUCCACUGGAUGGGAUACUGCAGGCAGUACCACAUGUAAUAGCAUUCUUUCUUGUGCCAACCCAUUUCACAACUCACAUCAUUCUCUUGUUCUUGGAGGCUGUAUGGACGGCAAACAUACAUGACUGCAUCCACGGCAACUUAUGGCCUGUCAUGGGUGCUGGCUACCACACAAUUCACCAUACAACAUAUCGACAUAACUAUGGCCAUUACACGAUAUGGAUGGAUUGGUUUUUUGGAACUCUUCGUGACCCUGACUUAGACUCACCUGACAAGAAAAUGUGACAUGAAGUGCAUGCUCACUCGUGCAGAAGAUCAAUAGCCUUGAGGCUGUUUGUUUAGGCCUAAACCGGACGAGCUCUAUAGUUUUGUCCUCUUCUCUCUUUUUAUUUUGGUUGAACUGUUGUUUUGUUGAGUUUGUAGCUUGGUGUAAAUCAUGUUGGCUGAGUUGCUGCAGUUUUCUUAUUGCUGCAGUUUAGGCCUAAACCGGACGAGCUCUAUAGUUUUUGCAGUAUUCGUGUUUAGGAAGUUACUUGGAGGUGCAAAAAAGAAGUGUAUUUUUUAAGUAGGUUCAUGAUUCUGUCAUUAUUUGGGUUACCUUCUUUCUCACCUGUCUGACCCAAAAUUGGAGCACCUCUUGGAUAAUGUAUAAAAUCAAAGAACUUACCAUAUAUUUGACCUAACCAAGUUUUCUUA